AUGGCCGAGAACGCUCAGUCCGUCAAGGUUCUUGACGAGCUCAUGAAGAAGCUCACCAUCUCCAAGGAGGCUGCCGAGGUCAAGGAUGCCUCUGCCGCUCUCGCUUCCUUCAUCAACGGCCGCAUCGAGGACCAGGCUGUUCCCACCAAGACCGUUGACGCUCUGAAGAAGGAGUUCGCCAACAAGAAGGAUGCCGCCGCUCGCGAGCGGGCCGCUGUCGCCGUUGGCGCCAUCGCCUCCCACUCCGAGAUCUCCUCCCACGUGGAGCCCUUCCUCGUCGACCUCCUCCCCACCGUCCUCGCCGCCGUUGGUGACAAGGCCGCUCCCGUCAAGACUGCCGCCACCGCUGCCGCCAUCGCCAUCGGCCAGGCCAUCAGCCCCAACGCCGUCAAGGCUAUCCUUCCUCCCCUGAAGGUCUCCAUCAUCGAGGCCCAGAAGUGGCCCGAGAAGAUGGCUGCCCUCGACAUCAUCGACAUCCUCGUCAAGACCGCCCCCGCCCAGCUCGCUCACCGCGUGCCUGAGCUGAUCCCCGUCAUCUCCGAGUCCAUGUGGGACACCAAGAAGGAGGUCAAGGAGCGUGCCUACAAGACCAUGGAGCAGCUCUGCCAGCUCAUCGUCAACAGGGAUAUCGAGCGCUUCAUCCCCGAGCUCAUCAAGUGUAUCGCCAAGCCCGAGAACGUCCCCGAGACCGUUCACCUGCUCGGUGCCACCACCUUCGUCACCGAGGUCCAGGAGCCCACUCUUGCCCUCAUGGUCCCCCUGCUGGAUCGUGGCCUCGCCGAGCGUGAGACUGCCAUCAAGCGUAAGGCCGCUGUUAUUGUCGACAACAUGUGCAAGCUUGUCGACGACCCCAACAUUGUCGCGCCUUUCCUGCCCAAGAUGAUGCCCGGUCUCCAGAAGAACUACGACAACCUCGCUGACCCCGAGGCUCGUGAGAAGACCAAGCAGGCCCUUGACACCCUCAACCGUGUUGGUAACAUCCAGAACGGUGUCAUCCCUGAGGUCAAGCUCGACGGCGAUAUCGCCACCGUCCUUGCCAAGUUCAAGGAGGUUCUCGGCACCAAGUACGGCAAGGCCGCCCAGGUCGAGCCCGUCCUCACCUACAUCUCCGCCAUCGCUGGUCAGCUCAUUGACGAGAAGGAGAUCGAGCCCAUCACCUGGGUUGAGGCUCUCAAGCCUUACGUCGCUGUCAUCACCGGCGACAAGGACUCCGAGACUGUCGUCGACACCCUUCGCAAGCGCGCCUCCCCCGGUGCCGCCGAGGCUGCCGAGGGCGAUGCCGACGAUGAGGAGGGUGAGGACCUUUGCAACUGCACCUUCUCCCUCGCCUACGGUGCCAAGAUUCUGCUCAACCAGACUCACCUUCGCCUGAAGCGUGGUCAGCGUUACGGUCUCUGCGGUCCCAACGGUUCCGGCAAGUCCACUCUCAUGCGCGCCAUCGACAACGAGCAGGUCGAGGGUUUCCCCAAGCAGAGCGAGGUCAAGACCGUCUUCGUCGAGCACGACCUUGACUCCGCCGAUACCGAGAUGACCACCAUUGACUGGACCAUCAAGAAGCUGCGUGAGGCCAACGUCCAGACCCCUGUCGAGGACGUCAAGGCCAAGCUCAACGAGUUCGGCUUCACCGAGACCAUGGUCUCUGGCGAGAUCACCGCUCUGUCCGGUGGUUGGAAGAUGAAGCUCGCUCUGUGCCGUGCCGUCUUCGAGGCCCCCGAUAUUCUGCUUCUUGACGAGCCCACCAACCAUCUCGACGUGAAGAACGUCAAGUGGCUCGAGGACUACCUGCAGAACUCCCCCUGCACGUCCAUCAUCGUCUCCCACGACUCUGGCUUCCUCGACAACGUCUGCCAGCACAUCAUCCACUACGAGCGCUUCAAGCUCAAGCGCUACCGUGGUAACCUGAAGGAGUUCGUCAAGAAGUGCCCCUCGGCCAAGUCUUACUACGAGCUCGGCGCCUCCGAGAUGGAGUUCCAGUUCCCCGAGCCCGGUUUCCUUGAGGGCGUGAAGACCAAGGCCAAGGCCAUUCUCCGUGCCACCAACAUGACCUUCCAGUACCCUGGCACCACCAAGCCCCAGAUUCAGGAGAUCUCCUUCCAGUGCUCGCUCGGCUCUCGUAUUGCCGUCAUUGGCCCCAACGGUGCCGGCAAGUCCACCCUCAUCAACGUCCUUACUGGUGAGCUCAUCCCUACCUCGGGUGAGAUCUACCAGCACGAGAACAUCCGUAUCGCCUACAUCAAGCAGCACGCUUUCGCUCACAUCGAUAACCACCUCGACUCCACCCCCUCCGAGUACAUCCAGUGGCGUUUCCAGACUGGUGAGGAUCGCGAGACGAUGGACCGUGCCAACAAGAUCAUCACCGACGCCGACGAGAAGGCCAUGGACAAGAUCUUCCGCAUCCAGGACUCCCAGCGUCGCGUCAUCGGCAUCAACGCUCGUCGCAAGUUCAAGAACUCGUACGAGUACGAGUGCUCCUUCGCUCUGGGUGAGAACGUUGGCAUGAAGAACGAGCGCUGGACUCCCAUGAUGUCCGCCGACAACGUCUGGCUGCCCCGUAACGAGCUUCUGGCUUCUCACCAGAAGAUGCGUGUCAAGGUCGUCCUCGCCGCGUGCUCGUGGCAGCGCCCCCAUCUUAUCGUCCUUGACGAGCCCACCAACUACCUCGACCGUGACUCCCUGGGUGCUCUGUCCAAGGCCCUGAAGUCCUUCGGUGGUGGUGUCAUCAUCAUCACGCACAGCGCUGAGUUCACCAAGGACCUGACUGAGGAGGUCUGGGCCGUCCUUGACGGUAAGAUGACUCCCUCCGGCCACAACUGGGUCCAGGGCCAGGGUGCUGGUCCCCGUCUCAAGGCCGACGAGGGCGAGGAGGAGGAGAAGUUCGAUGCCAUGGGCAACAAGAUCGUCUCCACCAAGAAGAAGGCCAAGCUUACUUCUUCCGAGCUCCGCAAGAAGAAGAAGGACCGUAUGGCCCGUCGCAAGCGUGGUGAGGAGGUCUUCUCCGAUGAGGAUGACUAAAUCAUUUCGCCCCCUACGAGCGAAAUCCUGUUCCUCAAUACCCACCACCUCGGCAUACCGCCCUUUUCCUUUGUUACGAGCCUUCGCCACGAAAAAAAAGUCGUUCCCGGGUUGUUUGGUUGCAUGGUCGCGGGCUUCUGGUUUUGACGUAUAAUUCCCUUUUCUUGAUGAUGCAUCCCCAUGAGAUUCCCCCAGACGAAACACACGCCGGAAGAUGUGGAACGUUACCCGCCUCGUCGUGGGGUUGGAGGACCCCAGGGCCGAGGACGAGAUGUUCCUGCGGCAGGGAAUGACGUGGAUGACAGUGGAGAGUAGAUAGACGGCAAUUGAGAGCCAUCAA